UCAUUCUAGCUCUUCAGCAAUUCUGUUGAAGAGCCUAAUCCUGCAGCUCCUGAAAUCAACAGAAAGCAGCUUUUGACUUGUACGAGGAACAAUGUCACUCUUCAUUUGUUGUUGAGAUGACCUGAGUAGCUCGGGAUGACCUCAGAACAGUUCAGUCCUUCCAGCAGCCUGACCUUCAGUAAGACAGGAUCUGCAUUGUGCUGUGCUGUGCCACUUCUCUCCCGGCUGGCUCAGCAGACUGCCCAUGUCAGCAUCUCUUACUAUUACAAAAUCGGGAAAUUCACGGUGGAAACGAAAUAGUGGAGAUAACGGAGACUUUUUUGAACAUUCAAUAAAAGUCAAGGCCGAGCCUUGGACAGUUCUGCGUCACGGUCCAUUUCCACCGGCAACCCAAAUCCGGGGACCAAGGCACGUGAGAAGAACUGAGCGGAACAGAGCGGGGCAGAACAGGCGCGGCCCGGGGCGUUCUCGGCACCGGAGGAGGCGCCCGGGGAAAUCGAAACUCUCCGGCCGCUCCGCUCCGCCCCGGGCUGGGCCAUGGCCGCCGUCAUCGAGUUCGAGCGGCUCCAGCGCGUCCUGGAGCUGCAGUGCUCCUGCUGCCUGCAGUUCUUCGCGGAGCCGGUGCGGCUCACGGGCUGCGGCCACAGCUUCUGCCGGGGUUGCAUCCUCCGGUACUGCGCGGGGCGGCCCCGCGCCGCCUGCCCGCUCUGCCGGCGCAGAUUCGAGCUCCGCCACCUGCGGCCCAACCGCGAACUGGCCGCGCUGCUCAGCCUCAUCCCGCGGGAGACGAAGGAAAAGUUGGAAACACAGGAUGGGGCGGAACCCUAUGGAGCUGCUGCCAGCAACGACCAGAGCUCGGUGGGGCGGGGACCUGGGGACAAGGAAGAAGAGAUAUGGGAGAGCUCCAAGCAAGAAGAAAUAACGGCAGAGACCGUCCACCUUUUGAGGAAAGAUCUCAAUAAAACAAAGGAAUAUACAUCUCAGAUCAAAAGCCAGAUUACUAAAGAUUUCUGUUGCAUGAAGGAAUAUGUUGAAAGACAGGAGAGAAACACACUGAUGUUCAUUGAACAGGAGCAAAAAGCUGCUCAGCAUAAAAUUGAAGAGACUAUUCAGCAGCUCACAGACAUCAAAGGCCAAACUAGUAACUUACCUGAGAGGCAGAGGUACAAAGGCUCACCUUCAACAAAUAAUAAAAUUACACUUGAUGAGAAGCUUAAUGUUGUCAGAAGUGCUGUAGAAGAUCUUAAGAGAAAGUUGGAAAUUUUACUCUUUGAGAAUUAUGCUCAGCAGCUCCCAUCAGUGCAGCCUCCAGACUCAUAUCAGGAGCCAAGUGUCUGCUCAUCAUCUCCAGAGUCUGCAACUGAAAGUCCUGAACCAACCAUUUCCAGGCAGUUUUCUCAGUGGGCAGAUGAUGUGACUUUUGACCCCACAAGAGUACACAAGCACUUGGCACUCACAGCCCAGAACAGGAGAGUGAUGGUUUCCAGCCACCUGACCAGUUAUGAACAUUCACCCAAAAGAUUCUGCAUCAGCCAAGUGAUGUGUUCACAGGGCUUCUCUACUGGGUGCCACUACUGGGAAGUAAUUACCAAGGACAGUGAUGGAUGGGCUGUUGGAGCUGCUCACGAAAUGAUUGGUAAAAGGGACAAACUGGGAAGAACUGAGCAUUCCUGGUGUGUAGAAUGGCUGGGUGCUAAAAAACAGCUGUCAGCAUGGCAUAAGGAUCAAGAAACAUUAUUACACAAGGAUAAACCGCUGAAGGUUGGAGUUUUCCUGGAGCUAAGAAAGAAGACCGUGUCAUUUUACUCAAUCGCUGACAAAGAAAUGCUUUUGCACACCUUUGAAAUUAUUACCUCAAAUCCUCUCUACCCUGCUUUCUGGCUGUACAGUCUAGAAGGAAAUGGAUCUUUAACUAUAAGUCAGCCAAACAGGAGAUAAAGCCUGUUGAGAACAGGGACAAUUUUGCCAAUGACUGCGGAGUUUCUAUAAAAGCCUCAGUGUUUUACACAGGAAUGUACCAAGGAAUGAAUGCAUAGCUACCCAGGCUUUCCUGGGAAUCAGCAACUGAUACUUCUGUCUGCUGUGCUCUGGUCUAGCCAUACUGCAUUGAAGUGAUUCCAGCCUAUGCUAAAGGCAGUAACCACCCCUGUGGGAGUCAGGUGGAUUUCUCAAGCAGCUUUAAGUAGUCCCAGGAUAUUCAUAGGAAAGAAAGUGCUAAGGAAGCUCUAAUGUUGGGAAUGGACCUCAUUUCUCCUACAUUGAUAUAAAAAAUACAGGAGAACAGAUGAUGCCAUUACUUUCUGUCAAGUGAGGUUUUUUUUAGACAGAUCUGAUUGAUUAAAGAAUGCUCAGAGGGUAAGAAUGUUAGUGAUUUUAGGUAUGAAAAUCUUUCCCUUUAGGGUAGGCAUUAACUAGGAAAUAGGCUUUGUAUUUGAGGACCUGGCACUUCAGGGAGGUGUCCCAGAAGAACAUAAUCUCACUGGAGCCAUAUAUUAGUAUUGCCCAAGGGGUUGUCAAUCCUGGUGGUGGUGUGACCAUGGGAAUGGUUGUGGAAGCAGAUGUUCAGGUGUGUUUAUAGCAGCUAAUAAAUCAUGUGGUCACUACUGCUCUUUUAAAGGGCCUGCAAACAGGACUGUGUCAUGGCAAGGACCAUCUGGUCUUGUCAGGGAGCCUGAGACAAAGCAAGAGGUUCUCAGUUGCCUGUGGGGGGGUGAAGGGACCAGAGCUGAGGUCCUACAAAACCUAUGGACAGCUUGAUUUCUGAGAGAUCCACUGCUUCAUGCAGGCAAACUGAAAACAGCAUUCACAAGAAGCAAAAGCUUUUUCAGGAAGACUGUGGAAUUCCAGAGUUAACAAAAUAAAUAGUUUAUUUUGAAUAAAA